AUGGGAGGAGGAAUGCAGUGGCAGAAGCUCAUUUCCGGCACAGUCGUCCAGCAUAUUAAGAGACACAACAUUGUGUUGAAGAGAGAGCUUGGAGAGGGAGCCUUUGGAAAAGUCUUUCUGGCCGAAUGUUACAACCUCUCCCCUGACCAGGAGAAGAUACUGGUGGCUGUCAAGACGCUAAAAGAGGCCAGCGAAAAUGCCAGGAAGGAUUUCCACCGUGAGGCUGAACUACUGACCAACCUUCAACACGAACACAUUGUCACAUUCUAUGGCGUCUGCGUGGAGAGCGACCCACUCAUCAUGGUCUUUGAGUACAUGAAACAUGGAGACCUCAACAAGUUCCUCAGGGCUCACGGUCCAGAUGCAGUUCUGAUGGCAGAGGGCCAGACCACCAGACCUGUGGAGCUGACCCAGUCUCAGAUGCUCCACAUUGCCCAGCAGAUAGCGUCCGGCAUGGUCUACCUGGCAUCACAGCAUUUUGUGCAUCGCGAUCUGGCCACCAGGAACUGCCUGGUGGGUGAGAACCUGCUGGUAAAGAUUGGGGACUUCGGCAUGUCCAGAGACGUCUACAGUACUGACUACUACAGGGUCGGAGGUCACACCAUGCUACCAAUCCGUUGGAUGCCGCCUGAAAGCAUCAUGUACAGAAAGUUCACCACAGAAAGUGAUGUUUGGAGUCUCGGGGUUGUUCUCUGGGAGAUCUUCACCUACGGAAAACAGCCUUGGUAUCAGCUCUCCAAUAAUGAGGUGAUAGAGUGUAUAACCCAGGGCAGAGUGCUGCAACGCCCCAGGACCUGUCCUAAAGAAGUGUAUGACCUGAUGCUGGGCUGCUGGCAGAGAGAGCCACACAUGAGACUCAACAUCAAAGAAAUCCACUGUCUGCUCCUUAAUUUGGCCAAGGCCUCACCUGUAUACUUGGAUAUACUGGGCUGAACAAAGGAGGUGGACGGGAGAGAGUUGUGUGUGUGUGUGUAUGUGAGGGAGAGAGAGAUAGAGAGGUGUGAGAGGUCUGUGUAAGGAUGGUUACUGUAUAUGUGCAUUUGAGGCGACAGUGACACCUCUGAAUAUGGUGUCAGCGUCUGCAAGGUGCCGCUGUACAGGAUGUAAAGCUAUUAUCAAACUCUUCAAGGCAAUCAAAAGGUCCUUCUACCGAGCCCCAAUCGUCUCUUUUCCUCCCUACCAAUUUUCUGUCCUUUGUGCAUCCGUACCCUUUCCCUCUGUCCUUCCUGAAGAGUAAUUUAACUUUGGAGGAACAAAAGCUUCUCAAUUCUUUUCAAAUGCUUUAAACUGACUGGGGCUAAAUUGAUGAUACCCGAUUAACAGGACUUUAAAUUGCCUGACUUCUCUAUCGCUGCCUGUCGGACAAUGGGACUCGUUUGAAACAUCCGGCAAUUUUAAAGGAGUCAUGACGUGGGGAGGAUUUGCAGAAGCGUGUAAAUAUGAGGGUGCGUGACCUUUCAGAGGAAAUGGCUCUGUGAGAUUUUGAGCCAUAAGGACACUGUGUUUCUCCACUCACCCUGUCUGUGUAUUUGUCCUUUCUUUCUGUCUGUCUGUCUGUCUCUCAAAACUGUACAACAGUAUUAUAUGAAACCAACCAAUAUGACUUGUGGAAACAACAACAUAAUUAACACACAGAUUAGCAUAUGGUGGAUUAACAAUAACAGAAAAAAUGACCAAAAAAUGGAAGUGGAAAGUAAACCAAAUCUGGUUUUCUGCCUGUCAAAUAAAGUUAGAUGAGGGUUGAAAUGGGGUGAUUUCUGGUUGGCCAAUUUUGCUACGUACAAAAUGAACCAACAAUGCCAUGUCAACUGAGGCAUAAUGGAAAAAAAUGAUUCAGGAAGAAGGCUGAGGUUUUCUACUACACUGUAACUGAACGACUAAUAUACAAAAUAUAAAAAAAGAAAAGUCAAAAAGGCUGAUGUAUCUGAUCUACAAUAUGUUGUCAUGCAACAGAUUGAUAUAAAUGACUUUAUGGAUAUAAUGUA